UGGGUUUGUCCCGCUGUGCUCGCCGUACCGCUCACUGGAGGAGGAGGAUCAGACAUGGCGGUGAAGGUGCUGAAGUUGGCAGCAUUUCCUGCUGCUUUGGGACUGGCCUCAUUCCGAGUUUACGCCAUGACUGAGAAAAAGACAGAUGACAUGAUAUCACCACGAGAGUUGUCUAUCUACAACCCAGAGUCUCCAGUGGCACAGUAUGUGGAGGAGCAACCUGGACGCCUGCAGACAGGACUGGGCCGAGUGAGAGUGGGCCUCCAGCCGUACGUAAGAACAGUGCAGAAUGGUUGUACGUCAGUCAAAAUUGGAGUCACAUCUUUAUACCAGUCUGGGCAAGACAUGUAUGAGUUCCUGAGAGACCCGCCCCCUGGAUUUCUCCCGAGAGUUGGUGUCAUCACUGUGUCUGGCUUGGCGGGCCUCAUCCUGGCACGCAAGGGCUCUCGGGUAAAGAGAAUAGGCUUUCCUCUGGCUUUGACUACAGUUGGUGCUGCCAUGUGUUACCCUAGAGAAACAGUGGGAAUUUUAAAAUUGACUGGAAAGAAGGUGUACUCUGCCAGCUCAUUAGUUGCCUCAGUGAUUAAAUCCAAACCCAAAGAAGAUGUUGUCACUCAGCUGGGCUUGGAGCCUGUUACUUCAAGCUCGAAAGAAGUUCAUGAACCUGAGCCAACAGAAGCCAUCACAAGGGAAGCAAUUUCCCCAGUAGCCCCAAUAGCAGAAUUUGCUACUGAGCUUGAGGACACUAUUGAAAAUGUUAUUGAGGGCCAGCCUGCUGAUGAAGUUACAUCAGUUGCAGAAGUUACCCCACUGUCUGAUGACAUCCCACAAGAAGGUAACACUGUAUCAGAGAUUCUUCCAGAUGUUGCCCCAGUAGAAGAUUCUUCAAUAGCUGUCAUUGCUGUUGCACAAGAAGAGGCCAUUCCAGUAGAGGAAAUCCCCAAUUCAGAGAAAGUCACAGUUCCAGAGGUUUCUGCCACUGCUUCUCUGUCUGACGUUACUUUAUCAGAGGUGAGAGAAGACCUGGCAGUUGUAGAGGUUGCCCCAGUACCUGAUGUUACCCUGGAACCUGUCACCCCUGUGGGGGAAGGUGCACCAGUAGAGGAUACUCUAGUUCUGGAAGUUAAGGUAGUACCUGAUGUUGCCCCAGAAGAGGUCCCUCCUGUCUCCGAAGCUCCACCAACAGAUGUUAUUGAGAUUUCUGCAGCAGCAGAUGCUUCACCUCCAGAUCUUAUUCCAAAAGCAGUUGCUACUGUUUCACAGGUUGAGGCUGCUUCAGCGCCUACUCUCACUUUAGAAACGUCUCCUGAAGUUGACGGGACCCUUCUGAACCCUAAUGUGGCUUCAGAGGAGAUGAAUCAAGCUGCAGCUGAACUAGUGUUAGAGGUUGCCUCUGAAGAAGUUGCCCCAGCUGUAGAUACUUCAGCAGUUGAUGAAGUGUUGUCUUCAUCUGCACCACUGUUGGCUGAACCAGCCCUGGAGGCAGCACCUGAACAAGAUUCUGAAACUGAAGCUUGUCAUGAACCUACACAUGUGGCUGAGUUUGCUCCUGUUUUUGAGGGCUCUAAACCUGCUGCAGAAGUUGCUGAAGUUGCCCUAGAGGCUUUAGAUCCUGCCGUAUCUGAGCUGGCACCAAUAGAAACAGAAACCACACCAGCAGUCUCUCUGCCAGCUGAAGAGCACCCUACAUUUUCUCUGUCAGAACUGAAGAAUCCUGAAGAAGAGGAUGUUUCUCUUUCUCCCCCUCCUGCCGACAGUGCAGAUACAGCCCCUGCUUUAGAGGAAAACAUUGCACUACCUUCUGCUCUGCCUCCAACUGAUAAAGAAACCACACUCUGUCCUUCAACCACAGAAAAGAUUGUAUCUGUUCCUCCUCCAGUCAUAGAUCAGCCCACACUAAUUGCUGCUACUGUACAACAGACCACAUCCUCCACACCUGCUGCAGAGAACACACCCACUGCACUUGCUGAAGGUCAGACUACACCCCCCUCAUUUGCCACCGAAGACACCACAUCACCUCUUUCAGAUGUAGGUGAAGCCAAAUCACCUCCACCUACUGAAGAGGAGACUACUUCCCUUGCUGCUGCAGAACCGAUUUCAGCUUUAAAUCCAGACUCUGUAAAAGUGAAACCACGGUUUGUUCCUGACCCAUCCUUGGUGGACCACGGGCAGGCUCACCCUGAAGAUGCUGACAUGUACAGCACUCGUGGAUAAUUAGCUUAACAAACAGCCGAAAAACUGGAAGGUGGAAGAGACCUUUAAAGGAGAAGACAAAAAGGAUGGUGGUGGAUGGAACAAAAGAGCAGUGUCAGUAGUUCAGAACAGGGUUUUUUGGUAAUGGUUUAAAAUGAAUCGUGAGAUGUUUUGUGGGAAAUAACCAUUAACCUACAUACGCGCACACACACACACACGUUUAUAUCCAGAUUAUUUAUUCCAGCUUUUCUCAAUGUUACAUUACAGAGUCAACUGUUUACAUGCAUACAUAUACACACCACAUACCUUUCACAAAAGAAAUGGAAAACACUUUUCCUGGUAUAACUAGAAUAGACUACCUCUUUAUGACUUCAUAUUUUAGAAGUUUCUUUUUAGAUCUGAAAAAUAUAAUUUUUUAAACUUUCCAAUAAUGUAUCUCUAUAUUUACAUCUCUGAGCCAUUUUUUGUCUGUAGCUAAAAGCUAGUGUCAUUAUAUACUGUGAAAUGAUUACAUGUAAAAUUGUAAAUCUGAACCUUAAAGCCAAAACAUUUUUUACAGAAUAUUAGAAGUUACACAAUUAAAAUUUUUGAAAUAUAGCUGAGCCAUUAUGCCUUACCACCCUGGUGUCUUAUUAUUAUUAUUAUUAUUAUUAUUAUCAUUAUUAUUAUUAUUAUUAUAAGUAGUAGUAGUAGUAGGUAGUUGUCUUAUUAUUAUUAUUAUUAUUAUUAUUAUUAUUAUUAUUAUUAUUAUUAUUACAAUUAUGCAAUUAUUCAAUUGAGAUGAUUCAUUUUUCUCUAAAAGCCUGCACGUUAUUAAGAUCAUAUUUGCAAUAAUUGCACAUGUAUGUUCCAUCUGGAUGGCUGCAGUGUCAGGUUAUCAUGUGAUAUUGUGUGUCUUCUUCAUCUGUAAGCUGUAAAACAGAUUCCUCCAGUAACACUGAGGUGCAAAAUGCUGUGACCAUACUAUGAAAUGCUAUAAACAAUCAAAUUACAUUGUGCAGUAACUGUAGUGAUUGUGCUUUAUUGGCUUUUUUAUUCUGUAGCUUUGUUUACCAUUGACAUUAAAGCUAAAGCUAAAAUGCUUAAAAUGA